AUGGAAUUAAACAUUAACGUCAAAAAAGAAGAAGAAAAAAGUACGCAAAUCGAAAUAAAUAAUAUAAAUAGAAUUAUUUUGAAUAUUCUAUGCACAGAAGCAAUACGAAAGAUAAAGUUUAUUUUGCAUGUACUAAGGGAACUCGUGAAAAAAAAAACAAACAUUUUACAUGUUUACAUAACUCAUGAUAUUGACCACUUGUCCACGGACAACAGGCGCAAGAAAAUCUUCAAUACCCUACAAGAGGAAAUUGAAUUAUGUGAAAAUGAAAGUGACUACAUAGUGAUAAAGAAUAAAAUUGAGGGAUACAUUAACUCCCUUAGUGAGACCAACGAAAUAUUAUGCCAAAAUUCCCCUACCGAUAGACACAUCAAGGAGAAUAGAAAUAAAAUAAUCCAAGAUGGUUCACUACUUCUCAACGUAUUCUUAAAAAUGAAAAGGCUCAAUUUUUUUUCCGUGCUGAAAGCUCUGAAUGAAUUCAAGGAGGAGCAAAAUUUACUUUUAAAUCUAAAACAAAAUGUCUAUCACAAAAAGCAGAUUGUGCAGAUCCUAAAAGAACAAAUCAAAGAACAAAUUGAAACUACAGAGGAAAAAAAAAAAAAAAUUCAAGAACAAAUAGAAGAAAUCGAAAAAAAAAAAAAAAUCUUUUUUGUAAAAUCCAUGCUUUAUUAUAUUUACAAGAAAGAAUAUGUUCAUGCGAAUGUAUCAAAUCAUAACAUGAACAUAAAUUUUAAGCAUGCAUUCACUAAGGAAUCAAAAGAAAAGAUGGAACGGGAAUUGAAAACGUACGAUAAUAUUAACGAUUAUAUAAAGACCUUCCUGAAUAAAAGAAACGACAACCUACAAAACAUCCAUGAUGAAUUAGUUGAAUACUACCAAAAGGAAAGAUAUAAAAGGAUGCAACAGCUGGACGAGACAAAAAACGAAUUCAACAAUUUGCUCAAGGAAAUUCAGUUGAAACAGGAAAAAAUUAUAAAGUACGACGAAGUAAAUAAAUUACGAGAGGAACAAGAAAAGGAAAAAAUGAGAAAUGAGAUUGACGAAAGGGGGAAUUUGAAAAAGCAAAAUGAAUAUAUCCUAUUUCUGCAGGAUAUAGGGAGGAACAAAAUAAAAGUUUAUGAUGAGAGGAGAAAAAAAAAACUAAAAAAAAGCGCAAUGAAAAAGCAAAAAAAAUAG